AUGCCACAAUCUGACGAACAACAGGCUAAGAAACAAGUGACCGACGAAGCACGUCUCGAGCGCGAGAAGGCCAGCGGGAACAAGCUCUGGAGCGCCUACAUUUCCGAGGCGCAGAGUUACGAUCAAGGUCUCAUCGAUGGCUGGCGUAGUGAGAUGGAUGGUCUGUUGAUCUUCGCUGGUCUCUUUUCCGGCGUCGUUACAACGUUCAUCAUCGACAGCUACAAGACGCUGAACCCCGAUUCGGGCGGCCAGACCGUCGAGCUGCUCAGCCAGACCGUCACUCUGCUCGGCCAGAUCUCGCAACAGCUUGCAAACAUGAACAAUGGUACAGCGGUGCAGGACGCACUUCCUCCCGCCACAGCCUUCUCGCCGCCAACCUCAUCUCUUGUCUGCAACGCACUUUGGUUCACGAGUCUUGCGCUGAGCUUGUCGAGCGCCCUGGUGGCGACCCUGGUCAAGCAGUGGGCGCAGGAGUACCAACACCGCACAUCGAUGUUCUCGUCUCCCUCUGUCCGCGCGCGCGUGUACAUGUAUCUGUAUCACGGUCUGCAGCGUUUCAAUAUGCAUGCUGUUGUUGGCGUUCCGCCCCUUCUUCUGCAUGCGGCGCUGGUUCUAUUCUUUGCGGGUCUGGUGGCCUUUCUCGUGCCCGUCAACGUCAUCAUCACGGGCAUCUCCUCCGCUCUUUUGCUUUCCUUUGUAUCUGUCUACGGGACGUUCACGGUGCUCCCGCUUUUCUGCUUCGACAGUCCAUUCCAGACACCACUCACGCGAAUCCUCUGGUCGCUGAAUCAGAGCUUGGGAAGCAUUCUGAGGACUUAUGUUCGAAGGGCAGUUGUUGCGACAGACCCCGAGGCCCACACUGGACCUUCUGUUCCUGUGGACACUAGUCUGCAGACCCAGAGCAUGGUGAAGGCCAUGACAUCAGCGGCACUGCACCCCACAGUGGAGACAGAGACACGGGCUCUUGCGUGGGCCAUGCGCUCUCUCUCUAACGAUCUUGAGUUUGAGCCGUUCGUGGAAGGGCUUGCCCAGGUGCUGUGGGAUUUUGACAGCGGGGUGCCAUGCAGCGUAUAUCAGGCGCAUUUCAAGAUUUUGUUGUCGGAUCCGGAAAUUUGUCUCUACCAGCGUCUUGCGGAUUUCAUGGCUGGCUCCAACAGCUACCUGCUUGAGCCCACGGCUCGCGUCCGCCGACAGCUGUCCGUGCUCCGGGCCAUCUGGGCCAUCUGCGCAUUCUCCCUCCACACGGGAUCGCCACUGGAGUGUCCGCUUGGAGAAGCCAACGUGGACCAUGCGCUGCUCGGCUCGAAAUUUGUCACUUCCCCCGAUGUGCAGAGCCAUGUCCUUGCUGUGCAUGCUCUGAUUCGUCUGAACGUCAUCGAGUCUAAGAGCCGGCAACGGACCCUCGAACACCCCGACAUGCAGACGGGCGACUCCGAUCGUGAUUUGCGCGCCGAAAUGGAGCAGCAGCUGCAAGUCGAGAAGGACCAGACGUACGUCCAGUAUCUGGUGGCACUUUCCAAAAGCCCGGCCAGCUUCCAGCGGGAAGUGACCCAUUUGCUCUUUCAUCGAUCGCAAAUCCUCGUCGCCAGAGCGGACGCAGACUUCAUUUUGCGAGUCGCUCUAGAAGAGCUGAUCAAAUCAGGGUCGGACGAGACAGUGUACAACGUCGUCUUUGCCGCUCGCCACCUUAUUUCCGUGAUUGCCGACACAUCGGCCUAUCCAUUGAUGGCUGGAAUCUCCGGUCUUGCGCAGUUCCUUGUUCGACAUCCUUGCCUCACCGCCUACGACCCAGAGUCCAACUCACAGCCCGGUCCGAAGUCUAACUACACACGAUUCCUGUGUUACUAUCUGUGUCUGCACUUGAAGUGGCCACGCGAUUUCGAGGCAUCUGCCUACUCCCUCCAGCUGAUUUAUCGCCAUUUUCUGAACGCCGCUGAACCCGCAAGGUACCCGGCAGACCUCGAUACCCAUCUUUCGGUCCUUCGCGCUCUGAGGAAUUCUGGCACUCAAGCGGCAGACAUCCACACGCACCGGUUGGUUGCCAUGACCCAGUAUGCCGUGCUUGCAUGUGUCUCGCCGGAUUUGUCAGAAUCAGGGCAAUUAUCGGAAUCGGACGAUUUGCUGGAGUCGGCGGAAUUGCUCAGUAUCCUCAACGACGACUACGAGACCUGGUUUCGUGCAUUAAUUGGCUUUGACAACGAGAAGUGGAUGGAGCGGGGAUCGACUCAUGACGCUCAUUACCUGAUACACAGCUGUGUACGUGUGGGUGUUGUGACCACCUUCUUGGAGCAGUGCGCUCAGAAAUCAGAUCAAACGGAACGCAAACUUGACUUCGAGACACUCGACAUGAUCCACGCACUCAGCCGUAUUCGACAAUUGCUCCCGAGCGAAAUCCAACUUUGA